AUGGACAUUACACCGACGUCGAGCUCGCGGUCAGGAACUCCAGUUUUACCGAGGUCUAGAGGCCGAAAACAAAUACGAAGAGAUAGAUCUGCAGUGUACAGAAAUAAUUUGAAAUUGCAGGAAGAAAUAGAAAAGUUGAAAAGAAUGUGUAGUAAAAAUAAAAAGAGAUACCAAAGAGCUAAAACGUCAAUCAAACACACAGAACAAAUGCUCUCUACAAAACCAGGGUUAUCGCUCACCAAAACACUGAAGGAGUUAAGCAAGGUCCGUUUGUAUUUAGUGACGGACAGUGACAUACAAAACAUUGAAAAAGCUCUACCUAAAAACCUUGUACCACUUCAAGGUGUUGCUAAAAGUGAAGUUGAUGAAGAAGGAGACGUCAAAAUUAUGUUUUACAAGACAGUAGAUAAAACUGGUAAAAGGUUCAAAGCAGUAGAUACUAAUAUUUCUUACGAACCUUACGAUAACAUCUUAGAAAUUAUUCCUAAUCCUAAAAUUGUCAUAAAAGAAUUAAUAACUAAACUCCGGUCACCGCUGGGACAUCAUUGUGAUGCAGUGGCUGCGCUCAUGCCCAUAUACAACGCUGUAUAA